CCUCGGCAUGAAUGAAAGCUCACAUCUUGUCUUCCCAUUCCCCGUCUCAUAUUUUCUUUGACAGGAUAGGUUUCAAUCCAUUCGGCAUCUUUGCUCAUCACGAAUUCAUCUGUUCACAAAUCCUUUCUUCCACAUUUAAUAAUCAUGGCUUGCUUUGGAAACAACAACGAGGACGACAUUGUCGAUACCAUUCGGGCAAUGCGCAUCCAGGAAGAAAAGUCCUACCUCUGCCGCAAUUGCUACCAUCAAAGUACGCCAUUGAGCCCAUCAGGUGUCGCCGCAGCUUGCUCUCCCCACGAGGCCGUCACGACUCAGACACGCAAUGUUCUGUGCGAUUGGGCCAACAAGAUCAUCGACUUCUGCUCUUUGGACCGAGAGACUGUGGAAAUUGCCAUGUCGUAUGUUGAUCGAUUCGCUGCUUCGGCAAAAGGGAAGGAGGUCCUUCAAAAGUCUGACAGAUUCCAGCUUUUGGUGGUAACUGCCCUUUACGUUGCUAUUAAGGUCCACGAGACAGUUGCUAUUUCCACAAGUCAGUUCGAGAAGAUCAGUCGAAACACCUUCACAUCCCAAGACCUUGAAAGCAUGGAACGCAUUCUUCUAGAAGGCUUGGAAUGGAAACUGCAUCCACCAACAUCGCUUGGCUUUGUCAGAAGCUACAUGGAACUAGUGCCCUCUUUGAAGAUGAGUCAAGCUAUGAAAGAUACUGCCUUCAUUCUUUGCAAGGUCCAGACAGAACUUGCUGUUCGAGACAGUGCUUUGGUUUCUGCCAGAGCUUCCACGAUCGCCUUCGCGUCUCUUUUGAACGCCUUUGAAGCCCUUGGCAUGUCAGAUUCAGCCUCAGGAAGUUUCACAGUGCAUUGCUUUGUUUCCAAAGUGGCAAACUUGUCUCUUGUGAAUAAGGCCGUCUUCUAUGACCAACAAAUCCUUGCUCCUGUCCAAGCCCGACUCCACCAAGCUAUCGCAAAGCAAACCAGUGUACCCGCUUUCAUGGAUGCGUCUCCAGCUCCCCAACCGUGCCCAAUGACACCACCAUCCAAGCAAGGAGCACACAGCCACAAGACUUUUGAGAACACCCCAAGAUCCAUCAUCGGGCGAUCGUUGUGACUCGACCCUUGCAAAUAGGCCAUUCAUACAAACAAUAUAACGCAUAAAAACUAUAGAGCUACUAC